UCAACACCUCGCAGAGUCAGUGGAGAGCCGUGAGCACCUGUGUUCUCCAGAGUUGCAGCAUGUUUCCCGCGCCGCAUUUUAUUCACGUGGCUUUCGCUUAAUGCGCUGAACAUUUCUGGAGGACAUUUCUUUCCCAGCUCAUGUGACAUCUCAGCUGUCUUUGGAAUGAUGGGGACCUUACAUGACAGUAUUGGAUUUGUGCUCUUUUCCUGUUUGUCCAUUCAAGUUGGAUUUUCUCUCGAUGGAAUGUUUACCGAUUUCCCUACUAACAUCACUGCAAAGGAAGGGCAGAACAUUGAAAUGGCAUGUGCGUUUCAAAGUGGGAUGGCAUCAGUUUACUUAGAGAUCCAGUGGUGGUUUACUCGAGCUCCGGAGGAACUGAUUACAAGUGAGGAGGAUGAGGACGAUACUGAGAUGGAGCUGAUUCCAGAUCCAGAUCCUGAUGAAGAAGGGACUAAAAUAAGUACAGCCAAGGUCCAAGGCAAUGACAUCUCCCACAAUCUGCAGAUCUCUCGGGUGAGCAAGAAUGAUGAGGGUCUAUACGAAUGUCGCGUCACAGAUGCCAACUAUGGAGAACUGAAGGAGUACAAAGCUCAAGCCUACCUGAAAGUCAACGCCACCAUCCGCCCACGCAACAGGGCCAUUAAGAAGAGCUCUCCGCUGCACCUGACCGAUAAGAAACCUCGCAAGAGCAGCUCAGCUCUCGGCCAGGACAGCAACGGCUUGAGUUCAGACCAGAAGUCCCAGUCCACUUCUACUUUGCAGACGUCACACUCCAAAACAGUGGAGCACAGCACAGGGUCAGGUAUGAGGAUAUCCAUGAGUAAUGGACUCGCUAUUCUGCUUCUCACGUCCGGCCUCAUGAGGGGUGCGUGGCUAUAGUUUCAAGACAAUGACUCUUUUUUUUUCCCAGAAUCACUCUUAUUUCAGAGCCAAGAGAAAAUCGCCUGCUAUUUGGACGGAGCGGAAAGCACUGUUGUCCCUCAAUACUCCACCCAAUGUAGUCUAACAAUCAUCACCAGAAGCACCUUCGUUUCUAAAGCCUAGGAGAAGGAAACUGCCAUAAUGGACACGUGCUUCACACUACAAAUAAAACUCCGGACAGAACAAACAUGCACAGACGGGGUUUUGCACCCCAUAUAUUUUGGUUGUUUUUUGUUGACCUUUUAUCUCCAGCUGUGGAUUUAAUACAUGCUCUGAAGUUCAGAAGAGUCUAUAUUUGUGUAACAUAUGAAUAUAUGAACAGAUAUACAGUAAUUAUAGAGUAUCUGCUUACAAAUUCCCUCCACUCUGUACAGCCAUUCACUUGUCGUAUAUUCAUAUGCAAAAGCAGCCUUGAAGUGAAAAUAACAGCACCACUGCUUAGUACAUAUUGUGUCUGGAUCGCUAACUGAGCUCAGCUUGACUAUGUGGUAAACUGCAGUGGUUUGCAUUGUUUUUGGCAUAUUACAUGUGCUGUAUGUUCGUUGACUCCUCCAUCCUGUUGGUAACUCUGUGUUCCUCACAUCAUGUGAGAGGCACAUAAAGCUAGCAUGUAGCAUUUGAGCAUAGCCAUCAAUGGCAGAAAUCAAAUCUCUCACACAAUCAUGUCAUUUCAGAGCAUCAUUUCAGUGUAGUUGAAAAGAUAUUGUUUGGCUCUUAUUUCCUUUAUUUAUUUAUUUUUGAGGGUUUGGAGGGGCAGACGAAUCGAUUGAAAGAAAUGUCCUGAGCUUUCAACCUUCACGAGUUACAUGACCUUCAGCACCACUGAAUGCUGUGAUUGUGUCCUCCUAAACAUCUCAAGUACAUUUCACCCACGUUUAAGUGCUGAAGAUGAUUGCUUUUCACCUCUUGAAGCGGCUGUCGUUUCCGCACUGUGUUUACCAUCUUCAAGAUCAUGCUGCAUCAUGGAUUUCCACUAAAGCUGAAAAAAAU